UUUAAAAUCAUAAUUCAUCUCGAUAAAAUAGCUUAGCUUCAUAUAACUUCGUAGUUAAAAUCUUAUUACAUAUUAAAAAGCCGUCUCCAUAGCUUAUUAUCAUCGCCUCAGUAACAUAAUUUUUUUGCUAAAUCAUCACAUGCCGCGCGCAGCUGCUUAUCUACUCCGCUUCUUUGUUCUCGUCAGUUGCAUUUUAACUCGUUAGUGUUCACACUUCUCUUGCACAUAGGUAAUUGCAUUUUUAAAUUCACUUGUAAAUUAAAAUGGCUGACACGUUAAAGGAGUUAGUUAGGAAACGUGGCAGUUUGAAGGCUAAAUUAACUUUGUUUAAUACUUACAUUAAUGUGGCUAAAACAUGUGAACAAUUAAGUGAUUUACAAAUAACGGAGUUGCAGUGUCGCUUAGAUAAAAUAGAAUCGGUAUACCCGGAGUUUGACGCUUUACAGAUGGAGAUCGAAGCGUUAACUGAGAAACCCGACGAAGCAUAUGCGGAGCGGGAGCAGUUUGAAAGCCAGUUCUUUGUGUUGGUUUCGACUGCUCGACUUCUUUUGAGUCCUCCGGUGCAGUCGAGCGGCGGUCGGCCCGGGCCCGGGUCCACGACGGCUUCCACGUCGUGCGGCGCCGGCCGGCAGGACUUCGUUCGUCUGCCCAAGAUUGACCUGCCCCACUUCGACGGGAACUAUCAGCAUUGGCUCGGCUUUAGAGAUACGUAUAUUUCCCUUAUUCAUAAUAAUCCCGCUAUUAAUGACAUAAGCAAAUUUCACUAUCUUCGUGCAUCUUUGAAAAGUAGUGCCGCCCUUGUGAUUCAAAGUCUUGAUUUUAGCAGUGAUAACUAUCAUAAAGCGUGGCAGUUAGUUUCUGAGCGGUAUGAUAACCCGCGCCUUUUAAUUAAUAAUCAUAUCCAGGCCCUGUUUAACCUUGAACCGAUGCAACACGAAUUGAGCAGUUUAUUACGUAACAUGGUGGACGUAACUAAUAAAAAUUUGCGUGCGCUUGGCACCUUAGGGGAGCCCACCGACCAUUGGGACACGUUAGUUAUCUAUAUAAUGUCUAAGAAGUUAGAUCUAGUAACUAAGCGUGAGUGGGAAGAGCACAGGAACCUUUUAACAGGUUCGCCGACGUUGCAGCAAUAUAUUACAUUUUUAAAUAGCAGGGCCGACUUACUUGAAUCUCUUGGCAAUAAUAACGUCAACAAUAGUGGUUACAAGACAUCGAAAUAUAAAUCUCAAUUGCAUUCGAAUAACGAGCCACAAAAAACACAUAAUUAUCUUACAGCUACAAAAAACAAUGCUUAUCGCAAACCUAUUGUUUGCCCUUAUUGUAAGCAAGAUCAUUUCUUAUUCAAUUGUGAAUCCUUUCGUAAAUUAGAUAUCGAUAACAGGAUAAAAAAUGUGAGUAGUUACUCAGUAUGUAAGAAUUGUCUUCGGCCGGGACACUUAGAAAAACAAUGUGUGUUAUCUCAUUGCAAAUACUGCAAACUUAAACAUAACACUCUUUUACAUAAACAUGUUGACAAAGCGUCUUCUAGCAGUGACGUCCCGGUGCCAGAUGUUCAUUUUAGCGGCAACAUUCAAACAAAAGUGUUUAGCCCUACUAAGACUUCCGGACUACUGUCCACAGCGUUGGUGCACGUGAGUGACGCGAAUGGAGUGCUUCGUGAGGCGCGUCUACUGCUGGACAACGGUUCUACCAUCAACUUCGUGACGCAGGAUCUGUGCGGGCAGCUUGGGUUAGCGACACGCAGCGUGGGAGCUACGGUCACAGGUAUCAAUGAACAGCUUUCACAUUGUCCGGAGUCUUGUGACAUUACAAUUCAUUCACUCCAUAGUAACUAUACGACGACCGUAAACUGUUACGUUGCCAACGUAAUAAACACAUCUAUGCCGCCAUGUAGCAUAGAUCUUACCAAUAUACCUAUUCCUGCCGGCAUCACAUUGGCAGACCCAUCCUUUUAUGAGCCUUCCGCUAUUGAUAUUUUAGUCGGGGCGGAAAUAUUUUGGGACGUCUUAGGUACCACGCGUAUUAAGUUAGGUCAAAAUAAACCUCAACUUCGCGAAUCAUCGUUAGGUUGGCUCGUGUGUGGCUCCAUACCUGCCUACAACACAAACACAAACGAAUCUUAUUUUUGUUCGUUCCUCACACAUAAUGAAGAAACUAAUCUUACUCGUUUUUGGGAAUUAGACUCGGUGUCUUCAACACAUUGCAUGUCUUAUGAAGAGCAAGCGUGUGAAAAAAGUUUUGUAAAAAACACUACUCGCGAUCAAGAUGGCCGUUUCAUUGUGACGUUACCUUUAAAAGAGUCACCGGAAGUACUUGGCGACUCAUAUCAAAUGGCCAAGCGCCGUUUCUUGGCAUUGGAGAAACGGCUCGCACGCGAUCAUGCCUUCAAAACCUUAUAUUUUGAUUUUAUUCGCGAGUACAUCGACUUAGGCCAUAUGAGCGAAAAUCAAUCAUCAUCAUCAUCAUCUGAGCCAUCAGAAAAAUCAUUUUUCUUUCCUCAUCACGGAAUUUUGCGCGCAAGUACAAGUACACGCCUUAGAGUCGUUUAUGACGGUUCGGCCACCACGACUAGUGGCAAGUCCUUCAAUGACAUCCAAAUGGUUGGCCCGACUGUCCAGGAUGACCUUCUGUCAAUCUUAUUACGCUUCAGACAACAUAAGUAUGUUGUCUCAAGUGACGUCGAAAAAAUGUAUCGAGCUAUAUUAGUACAGCCUUCUCAACGCUCGUUACAACAAAUCAUCUUUAGGUUCGAUCCUUCUGAUCCCUUAAAAACCUACAAAUUGAACACCGUCACAUACGGGACUGCGUGCGCACCUUACCUUGCAACCAAAUGUCUUGUUUCUCUUGCCGAUGAAUGCCAAGACGUCCGAGUUAAACGCGCGAUACAGCACGAUUUUUACGUAGACGAUUUUCUCAGUGGCAGUGACUCCGUAGAAUCAUUGGCUGAGAUUAGUAAGGGUGUAGUCACAACGUUAUACAGUCUGCGAAAUUUAAUUUGCGUAAAUGGCAAUCAAAUUGUCCUGAGCUGCUAGAAUCAAUUCUCGAACAUAAAGAGGACCAUAGUAAAGCCCUCAACCUUGAUAGCACAUCGCCUUGUAAAACCUUAGGUCUGUACUGGCAAACAGGAACAGACAAACUUCUCUUUUCCAUCGACAUCAAAAUUCCAAAUAAAAUCACAAAAAGAAAUAUUUUGUCUGUCAUAAGUCAAGUGUUUGACCCACUAGGUCUCGUCGGGCCGUGUAUAGUGGAAGCUAAAAUCAUAUUGCAGCGUCUUUGGCUGAUAAAGUGCGAAUGGGACUCUGAGCUCCCAUUAGACAUAAAAAAUGAAUUUCUGUCUUUUGCAUCGUCACUUACAAAUUUAAAUAAACUUAAAAUUGAUCGCUGGGUAUUCAGUGACUCACCUAUAGAAGUUCAAGUACAUGUAUUCACAGAUGCGUCAGAGCGUGCAUACGGCACCUCUGUCUAUGUCAGGACUGUGGACGGUAGCGGAGCAGUUUGCGUUCGUCUUAUAGCGUCAAAAAAUAAGGUCUCCCCCCUUAAACCCUCCACAAUCCCAAGGCUGGAGCUUUGCGGCGCGUUACUUGGCGCAAGACUCUGGACAAAGGUCAUUUCAUCACUGACCGUGAAGGUUGAUCAUAGUUACUUCUGGUCUGACUCUAUGAUCGUGCUGGGCUGGCUCGCAGGGCCAUCUAAUCGACUUAAACCGUUCGUUCGCAACCGUGUGAAUGAGAUCCAAGAGAGUACUCGUGAACAGACAUGGAGCUAUGUACCCUCAAAGCUGAACCCGGCAGAUCUGGUGUCACGAGGAAUGAAUGCUAAUGACCUCAGCGUCUCCACAUUAUGGUGGACCGGUCCAGACUUUUUGCAUCACUCCAUAAUUCAAUUUCCUACAACGCUUAAUACAAACGCAGAUAAUCUGCCAGAAGUGUCACUUCAUACAAACGUACAAACAAACAUAAACGAAAACAACAAUCUUAUAACUAAACUUAUCACUAACAAUUCAAAACUUACAAAACUAAUACGAAUCGUAGCAUAUAUUUACAGAUUUAUACAUAAUUGCAAAAAUAAAAAUAAUAAAAAUACAUCAAAUUUAACAUACACAGAAAUAAAAUCAUGUAAAACUAAACUUCUACAACUCGCACAGCAGGAAUCAUUUCCUGAAGAGUACAAACUUUUAUCUUUGGGCAAGCCCUUGCAGCCGAAAAGUAGGCUACUUUCGUUAACGCCCUUUUUAGACGAUCAUAAAUUAAUACGUGUCGGUGGUCGUCUUAAUAAUGCUUACUAUAGUUACGACAUUAAGCACCCAAUCUUACUGUGUAGCAGGCAUCACCUUACCAAACUGCUCUUUGAUAUGCAACAUAUGGCAUUAAUGCAUGCCCCGCCUCAGCUCUUACUAGCAAGCAUUCGGCAAACAUAUUAUCCGCUCGGUGGAAGAAACCUGGCGCGCCACUUAGUUCAUAAAUGCAUUCGCUGCAUCAGGUUCAAGGCUAAGCCUCUUCAAAUGUCAAUGGGCAACUUACCUACCGAUAGAACACAAUUAGAAUAUCCCUUUUUACACACGGGAAUGGAUUUUGCCGGACCAGUGCUGAUAGCUGACCGAAAGGGUAGGGGUAGCAAAACAAUUAAAUCAUAUAUUUUAGUUUUUGUCUGUCUUUCAGUCAAGGCUCUCCACUUGGAACUUGUCACAAGUCUAACGACAGAGUCGUUCCUUGCUGCUCUCCGCCGCUUCAUGAGUCGUCGGGGAAAGCCUCAAACUCUGUAUUGUGACAAUGGGACUUCGUUUGUCGGGGCAUCAAACGAACUUAGUAACUUUUUAAAACAUAAUCACGAUAAGCUGCAGUCAGGUAUGGCAGAAAACCUUAUUAACUUCAAAUUUAGCCCGGCUUACUCACCGCACUUCGGCGGUCUUUGGGAAGCCGCAGUAAAAUCAACAAAAUAUCAUCUCAAACGCAUUCUAUCUCUUACACAUUUAACGUAUGAAGAAUUAAAUUGUUGC